AUGAUAUCAAUCAUUAACUACCAAUCAUACUUGAAUUGGUAAAUUAUAUUGUUGAUGUCUAACCCUGAAUUGCAAGAGUUAAAAUUUAAUAAAUAUAUCGUACAUAACGCUAUUAAGUUCCAAAUUAAUUAGAAUAUAUGUUCAUUAUAGAUAAAGAAUUAGCUGUAACUAAGAUAGUUGCUGAAUAAGGGGAAUAAAAAGUUCAAGGUAUAGUAAAGGAGUUGGAAGAAGUAAUUAAGAAUAUAAAUAUAAAUAAAGGCUUAAACAAGAAAAAAUAAUGAUACUAAGUUAACAGGAUAAAUAAAUAACUGAUUAAAAAAAAGUAAGGAUUGAAUGUUUACCACCAAGAAAAAUUUUGAAAAUUACCUUUGAAUAUAUAAGCCUUUAAAUGUUUAUUAAAACUAAUUUUGGAUACUUGAAAUUUCAUCAAUACAUUAAUUACAAAAUUAACAAUUUAAUCAUCAUUCAUUUUCAAAAUAAGGAUAACGAAGUAUUGAUUUGA